CGUCAUGAACAUGUGCGCCGAAACUUAACGAAAAUGUCAAUAGGAUUCAUUCACAGCUGGUGCAAUUGGGCAUUGUGAACAAAUAAUAAUAAAAAAUUUAAAGAAAUAUUUAUUUUGAGCGAAUGACAAACGUAAAAUGUUAAAUAAAAUAAUAUAUUAUAUUAUAUAUAAAAUAUAUUAAAAAAAAAUUUUAGUAAAAUAAAAAAAUUUAAAAAAAUAAAUAUGAUACAAAAACAAUUGAUAUGCUGUCAAAACGAAUAGUGACAAUUGGCAGUGGCAGCGGCGAACUGUUCUCGACAAACCGAAUUCUCAUCCCACCAGUCAGUUGUUUUCUGAUGUGUUGGUUGUUCUCAUCUUUAUUGCUGAUGAAAUUCGGUGCGAUUAAAUAGGAAUUACAUUGUGUGAGAUUUAUAAAAGACUCGAAGGAACUGAAAAAUUACAUAAAGGCAUUGCGAAAGUUCCGUGAGUGGCGUAGUGGAGAAGCUGGGUUUUUUGGCGAUGGCUUCAACUGAUAUAAAUGUAAAAUUGUCCCGACUUUAUCAUUUGGCGCAGAAGUUUAACAAUUUCUACUUGACAGGUUUUCAAAAGGGAGACAUACGUCCAUUCCUGGUUGAAGGCGAACAAGUUGGUCUUGUCAAGGCCGAUGUCAUCAAGCAGCUGCAACGCUAUCCCGAAAUAUUCUGCAUACGCAAUUGUGAAUUUACCAAACAGGGUAUAGUCGAAUUAAAUCCUGCAUUCCGUGACUAUGCUGAACGCACAAAGCAAGUCGAUAUAGUAUUACGUGAUUUACGUUCUAAGGGCAUUUUUUCCGCACUCCAAGGUUGGCGUGAUGAGUAUUAUGAAGUGAAAUCGGAAUAUCGUAGCCUAUUGAAAAUGGAUCGUUCGGCCACACCAUUAUUUGGUGUACGUAAAUAUGGUGUAGAUAUAAAUGGUUAUGUACAGCAUCCAACGCAAGGUCUUUGUAUUUGGCUACAACAACGUUCUAAUACCAAAGAGACAUGGCCGGGUAAAUGGGAUAAUAUGGUUGGCGGCGGUUUAUCGGUGGGCUAUGGCAUUAAAGAGACUGCUAUUAAAGAGGCAGCUGAAGAGGCAUCCAUUCCAAGUGAUCUGGUCAAAAAUCUCGUUUCAGCCGGUUGUGUUUCAUUCUUUUUCGAAAGUGAUCAAGGUUUAUUCCCAAAUACCGAAUAUGUUUUCGAUUUAGAGCUUCCAUUGGAUUUUGUACCACAAAAUGCUGAUGGUGAGGUGCAAGCUUUUGAGCUAUUACCAGCCAAAGAGUGUGUGGAACGUGUAUUUACACAAGAUUUCAAGACAACCAGCUGUCCGGUGGUUAUCGAUUUUCUAAUCAGACAUGGCUAUAUAACGCCUGAAAAUGAAGUUCAUUUCACACAAAUCAUUGAGUUAUUACAUGUGCCACUACAGUCGCUCUACACGUACAAGUCAGUUUUGGAGCAAAAACAAAAACUCAAACAACAAAAUCAAUCGCAACAACAAUCGCAUCUUGCCAAUAAUAUUAAAACCAUUGAAAAUGGACACAACAAUAAAGAUGCCACAAUAAACAAUUAAAGGAAAAUGUGCAAAAAGCAACAUGAAAAAAAAAACAAUAUUAUGAUAUAAAUAUGUAUAACAAACAGAUAAAAAUUGCUGAUUAAAAGUAAAACAAUUUUUUUGGUAGUAAACGAUUUGAAAACGGACUGCGUAGUUUACAUUUACGCUCGUAGAUAUUUACAUACAAACAAAACGAAUUCAUGUAUUUGCUGUUUAUACAUAUAAAUACAAACGUAUAUACACAAUAUAAAACAAAAACAUAGUUUAGAAGAUUUAUUGUAUUCUGCGAAUGAGCUAUUUUGCUGCGAAUCCUGCGUGGAGAAUGCUAGAAGCUUGUCAGAUUCUCAAAUAUCUAUAUACCUACGCCACCUAGGCCAAUAAUUUCGUAUGCCUAUUCGUUUAAUUGCUGACUUAUAAAAAUUUGCUGAGGAAAAUGUUGAGGACAAUUUAAUAAGAAAAAAUAUGUAUAAAAAGAUUCGUGUAACGAAAAACUCGUUUGUAGCAAGCGAGAAAAAAAUAUUAUAAUAUUUAGCAAUUAAUUUACUUAUUCAAAUUAAAAUUAUUUUCUAAUGUUUUUGAUAAUAGAAUUAAUUGCUAAUUUCGCUUAAGGUUAAAAGCAACGCACUUAUUAUAAAUAAAAGUACAUAUAUUUAUGUUUGUAAAGGCUAUUGUGAGCAUAAUUAAAUUUUUACUUUUUGUUUUAGAAAAUCCGUUGUGCAACUUAUUAUUAUUUCCUAUGAUUAUUGAGAAUACUUUUAUUUAGCGAAAUGGCACGCAAUAUGAACUUAUGACUGUCAAGUGGAACUAUUAAUAUUUUAUUAAAUUUUUUUUAUUUAUGUUUUUAA